AUGUCGACGGGAUUUGAUAAAUGCAAGACGCGUCCACCGCAUAUGGACGCGAUAUUGAACGGGCUCGACAGAUAUAACCCAGAGACCACCACUGUUUUCCAAGAUUAUGUCGUACAGCAGUGCGAGGACAGAACAUUUGACUGCUAUGCCAACCUAGCCUUGUUGAAACUCUACCAAUUCAACCCACAUCUCCUCAACAUUGAAACAACAACCAACAUCCUCGUCAAGGCUCUAACCGUCUUCCCUUCUCCCGCUUUCUCCCUCUCCCUUGCCCUACUGCCCGCCUAUACCCAACCAUUCCACACUUCCGCUCCCGCCCAAGGUCCCUCCGCAACCCUCCCCAUCCAAACAGCAGACUUCGUCGAGUCAGUGCAGAAACUAGCUCGUCUGUCUACCUUGCUCGAAUCAGCACAGUACUCCCUUUUCUGGUCAACGUUAAACUCAGAUGACCUCUACGCAGACCUUACCGCUGACGUAGCUGGUUUUGAAGAGUUGAUUCGCGUACGUAUUGCGGUAGAAGUUGGCAAGGCCUUCCGUGAAAUUAGCGCGGAGAUGCUUAUGGAUUGGCUUGAUGUUAAGGGCUUGGAUACCCUUGAGAAGUUCGUUGUAGAUGUUUGUGGAUGGGAAGUUGAUAAGAGCGGUGCCUCAGGUGCCAAUGAUGCGAAGAACGUCACUGUACGUGUUCCGAAGAAUAAGGAGAAUGAAGCCAGAGGUGAGGUAAAGGGUGAGAAGGUUGGCAUUGAGAUGUUUGGAAGGGUUAUUCGGAGAGGUUUCGAGCAGCCUGCUUGA